CCAAACAUAAAAGUCCAUAAAAUAAAUAGAGAAGAGUUGAUUUACCAGUAGCAGCAUCGAAUAAACUAUUCACAUUCAUUUUUCAGAGAACACACAGAGCGUAUCGUAUCAAAUCACCGAUCGAUCCAUGGCGUCAACCGGAGCAGUGCCGUUUUGGAGGGCAGCAGGGAUGACAUACAUAACAUACUCCAACAUUUGCGCCAAUCUCGUAAGGAAUUGUCUCAAAGAACCUCACAAAACCGAAGUUCUAUCUCGUGAGAAGGUUCAUUUCUCUCUCUCCAAAUGGGUUGAUGGAAAGGCUCAAAAACCUACUCUUCGUUCUGACGAUCAUUGAUUCGGAAUGGCUGGAAGCUAUGCCUGCAGAAAUAUUUGAAAUCUAUGGCUGGAGUUAAUUGUCAUUUUGAACCUUUCAGUGGUUUUUUUAUGUUUUCCAUUGUUCUUUUUCUGUCCAUGAUGUGGCACAUGCACUGAGUUUUGGAUUUGCAUGAUUAAUCUUGUAAUAAUUUAAGUUUGAACAUAUGGUUUUAAACUUAAUGACAAUGCCUUUGUGACUUCAAUCUGUUUGCCCAACAAAGUUGGGUCAUAAGUUUAUGAAAGAAUUUACAUUAUAAUA